AUGCUGAAUCAUAAAAAGCAGCCGUGCCCUCCACCCCCGCCGAUAGAGCACGUGAGCCGGAGGGGAGGCCGGGGCCGGGGCCGGGGCCGGGGCUGCGGCCGCCGGCGGCUGGGCCGGCGAUCGUCGGUGUGCGGGGGGUCGGUGGGCGCCGGCUCCCUGCCCAGCGAGCUGGUGGUUCACAUCUUCUCGUUCCUGGCGGCCCCGGACCGGCUGCGGGCCUCGGCCGCCUGCUCGCACUGGCGCGAGUGCCUCUUCUACCCGGCCCUGUGGCCCCGGCUGCGCCUCAGUUUGCGCGUCUGCCCGGCCGAGCGCCCGCGCCUCGACUUCCUCAUGCGCAAGUGCGGCUGGUUCGUGCGCGAGCUCCGUGUCCAGUUCGCCGCCGACAACUACCCCAGCGGCGGCGGCGGCGGCGGCGGCGGCGGAGGAGGCGUCAGCGGGGUCUGCGAAGAAGCGACGGCCGCGGCGGCGGCGGCGGCGGAGGGAGAAGCGCCGCUCUGUCCUCGUUGGCUGGAGCUGCUGAGGACCUACUUGGAGCUUGUGCUGUGCGUGUUAAACAGCGUCCGCAACAACAGGAAUCUUCAGAAAUUAAGUCUCUUUGGUGAUAUAAGCAUUCUACAACAACAUGGAAGUAUAUCAAACACAUACCUCAGCAAAGUGGAUCCAGAUGGAAAAAAGAUUAAGCAAAUACAGCAGCUCUUUGAAGAAAUAUUGGGUAACAGCAGGCAACUGAAAUGGCUGUCAUGUGGGUUUAUGCUUCAGAUUGUAACACCCACAUCAUUGUCAUCUCUCUCAAAUCCUAUUGCCAACACAAUGGAACACCUGAGUUUACUGGACAACCACAUCCCUGGUAAUACCACUCUUAUCACUGCAGUUGAAUUGGAGCGCUUUGUCAGUCUUCGCUCCCUCGCCUUGGAUUUCUGUGAUUUUACAGCAGAAAUGGCAAGAGUCUUGGCUGACAGCAACCAUGUGCCUUUGCAUCGACUGUCUCUUCUGGUUCACAAUAUUUCUGUAAUGCACAAGUCCUUGGAGAACAUGCCAGAAGAUGAGGAUUGGAAGGCACUGACACGCAACAGCACUAAUCUUCGGGUCUAUAUAAUGGCUUUUGAUAUCAAGAGCGAUGACAUGUUAAGGAUUCUUAAGCCCAGUAUCCCACUGGAGAGGAUUCACUUUGAUAGCUACAUCACUUGCGUUUCAGGAGCUGUUGUUGAUCUCAUAUCUAGGCAGUAUGAUAAGUUUCUCACUCACUUCAUACUAAUGAAUGAUGUGAUAGAUAUGUCUGGCUUCCCAGAUCUCAGCGACAACCGGACAGAAGACCCAUUGGUUUUACUGGCCUGGAGGUGCACGAGGCUCUCCCUUCUGGCAGUCCAUGGAUAUACUGUUUGGGCUCACAACCUGAUUGCAAUUGCUCGUCUUCGUGGCUCUGAUUUGAAAGUGCUUGAAGUCACAGAGGAAAGCAUUGAUUUUGACCAAGGUGAACUGGCUGAUCAGGAUGUGGAUCCAGUACAUAAUCUCAUUGAGCAGGUAUCCCUUGGAUUGGGUCGACCUUGGCAUGCAGUCAUGGACAUAGAAUUACUCAGUGUCUUUACUGAGCCAACUCGUCAUUUUUACAGAGAAAUGCAAAGCUUCAGUGAAGGCAUUUAGCUCUCUUUAUUUACAGUUCCUGUGGUUACAUAUGCAAGUAGGGUCCUAUUAUGUUUUUCAGUAGUGUGAAUUAACCCCUCUUGUGCUGUGUUUAAUCAGUAUUAGCUAUAUAGAAUUAUAUAUGUAUAUUCUACUUCUUGAUCAAAGAACGUAGUCGGGUAUUGGUUUAGAAGCUGAAAGUGGCAACGUUUAGGGCUUUCACGGUUAAUGGACUUGUCUACAAAAACAAAACAAAACUCAGAUGUGGCUGAAGGUUGUCUGAGGUUGCCGGCUAACUUUCUUUUUGUACUGAGUAACUCUGCAACUUCACUGAUUUUACUAUUGUCGGAGUUUUUGUGCUCAGGAGCCAAAACUGUUUUUCCUACCCAUAGCCCAGUAGUUUUGAACACAGUCAUUGUCAUGUAAACUGGUAGCAUGCUACUUAUGCUUUUUAAAAAAUCAGGACUAUCAAUACCAUUUACUGUAUACCUUUGCUUUGAUUUCAUGUACAAUAUCUGAAGCAUGAAAUAUUGCCACGCUGCAAUCUCCUAAAAUAUGAAGCAGUAGUCUCUUGCACUGUGUAGCUCUUUCAGAUGUUUCCUUGACUCUGAAAGCUAUAAGUUGUAGUUUCAUUGUAAAUGAAUUAUAGCUUCUUUUUCUCGUGGUCUGUCAGCUUCUCCAUACAAGUUAGCUUUGGGCCCAGAUUUAAAAAGAAAUGUUGUCUAUACACUCCGAUGGGGUAAAACCAUAAUUUAGAUAUAAAUUUAUAAGUCUACUUUGCUUGCAAACAUUAGUCGUGAAAUCCCUAGCAACUAAGUCACUGGAUUUUCUCUGUCAGCGCCUGUGUCAGCUGCCAAAGAAUAGAUUAAAAUGAAGAAGUGCCCACAUGCUGGCAGGGGCAGGCCAAAUUUUGGCCAGCCAGAUACUGCUAGAUUGUUAUAUAUAAGGUCGAAUUUCGACCUGUGGUACACAGCUGUGCUGUGGCUCAGUCAGCAACCUCAGAACUCUUAAACAUGCACCUGUUUCACUGUGAAUAGUGAAUGUAAAGGAAGGAAAGGAAAACAGAUACAAGCCUUGUUCUAUCACAGGUAUGAGCUGCUAUGAUGCAUGAAGAACAUUCCAUGAAGUAUGUUUUAAAAUCUUGUUAUAUCUGAGAGGCUUUAAAAGCCGAUUUAAACUGUUUCAGGGCAACCGCGGUACAGACGUGGUCUCUGUGAGACUUCCACCUGACCCAAGUUUUAAGUGGUACGAAUGUUGUGCAUUUAAUGUUAAAGGACAGUCUGCAAUAAUAAAGUAAGUGGCCAACGUGGGUGCCCAGCAGUGCUGAGACCUGGCUGCCAUAUUGUAAGCUUUGGAAAACACAAUUUAUGCAACAGAUGUCCAGAUAUGAUUCUAUUUAUGGAAAAGUUUAUAUGUGUUUUACAAAUGGUUUUACCAUCUUAUAUUAAAAUGACCUUUUGACAGGUGUGCGCUGUUUUGUCUCCAGUGAGCACAUACCAUGCGGAUUUUAUAUGUACAUCAGUAGAGUGAAUCCACUGGCACAGUGUGUGUAUAUGCCAGAUGUGGUGAGAUUUUAUCUUAUGUGAUCAGACUAAAGUAUCUCCUGACAGAAAAUGUAAGGAAACCAGCUGAGUGUUUGAUUUGAUGACUGAUGUUGUAUGGUUUAUGUUAAAUGUAUAUUCUUUUAAUCAAUGAAUAAAGCAUUAAAAUUAAGCAUUGUAAAAUAGUUUAUUAUAUCAGUGCAAUAGUUUUAGUGGCAGACAAAUCACCCUUUUUGUUGUAAACUGCUUAACUCCAAAAGCCUUGAAUUCUGAAAUAAGUCAGAUAGGAAUUUCCUUUUGAGCAUUUUAGGAAAAAAGAAAAUGAGCAAAGGACCAGACCAGCUAGUUCAAUUUGAUAUUGCUUAGUUAGACUGAUGAAAUAAAAUCUUUUAAGUGUUGAAUCCAGAAAUACUGAAAAUCUCUCACAAUAAUAGCUGAUACCAAAAUCAAAUGUGUUCUAAAAAAAACUGUGUUCUUAUAUCCAUGUCCCACUAUUAAAUAGACUGUGAACACCUA